UGGAUCAGAUUGCACGGUGCUAUCUCGCGCAUGAGCAACGGAUGUUGAUUGCUCUUCCUCGCAAACAAGAUAAUAUUGAAAUACCGUCAAAUAUUUGAUCAUAUCAAAAAGUGGGAAUUAAAGUCAUAUCAAAAUGUCAGACUUCAAGGUUACGGAAAAACAGUUUAAUGAUGCUCAUAAUACAUUCAAUUUAUUCGACAAAAAAGGAAAUGGACAUGUAUCAACAAAAGAAUUAGCAAACAUCUUUAAAAGUUUAGCUUUACAAAUUUCUGCAGACAAAUUAAAAGAAUGGGCGGAUGAAGUUGACGAGGAAGCACUUGGUUAUAUGGAAUGGGAAAAUUUUAAAAUACUUUUUGAACGUAAAUUGAAAGAAGAUGAAGAUGAACGAGAAUUAAGAGAUGCCUUCCGAGUAUUAGAUAAACAAAAUAAAGGAACAAUUCCAGUUGAUGAUUUACGGUGGAUUUUGAAAAGUUUAGGAGACGAUAUAACGGAAGAAGAAUUAGAUGAUAUGAUUGCUGAAACUGAUACGGAUGGAAGUGGAACAGUUGAUUACGAAGAAUUCAAAAGUCUGAUGACCUCUGAUUGAAUGAUUGUCACAUGAGGGAGGGUACAAGUUCCGGUUGUUUGCUACACAUGCACGCAUGCGUGAUUCCAACUGGUCGCCAUAUAUCAAUAUUUCGUAGAAGGAAGUCAUCCUGAUCAGUAAAAAUAUCCCACGUCAUAUUUGAGCAAUUGUCAGCUAGAGACACUGCUGCGUGCCCCAUCCUCAUGUAUUUCAAACAAUCUACCUUUUGUAUGAGAAAAAGUCGAUGUUUAUAUCUUUAAGAUGAUUGUGUCUUCCCAUCAUUCCAUAUUUAACAUGCGCACUAACUGCCUGCUUCAUUUCUUGCUCUAUAUGUCUGUUAGAAAGUCUACUAUUGCUUUUUGCAUUUUAAGCUAACACGUUAAUAAUUGCUUGACACUGACUAGUGUAAUAUAAACAAAAUACAUUAACCUGUAUGAUACUCGUCGGCAGAUUCCGUAUCGUAGCAAAACGAAUUCAGCCGAGGUUUUCCCGAAUAAUUAUUUCAACACCGCAAUACAUUGCCAAGCUAGUCUAUCAAGCGUUAUCUGCAGCUUGUCUUUGGCGCUGCUGAAAUAUAUUAUUUCUUCUAUUAAUUCCAGAGUUUUGUAAACUGAUGUUGGGUUGAGCCGGACGAUGGAGAAAAAAAUCCUUGCAACUUAAUUCGACGUUCCAUGGAAACGGAAUAUUUCGAAUUGAUUUAAAUUGGUUCUCUGAGAUUGAUGUCUAUUUUGAAAACAUUUAACGUCAAUUAGAUCAAAUUAAAUGGGAUUGUUUCUUUGCCUUUUCUAAAAAAAAAUAAAUGAAAAUUUGCAUAUAAAUGUUUUGAACAUCAUGAAUGAUUUAAAUUUAGUUAUAUACAGAACAAUUUACAGGGCAAGGACUUAUCUAGAAUAUUUACUAACACGAAACAAAAUUGGUAGACUUAAAAUAUAGAUUUAACAACCGAUAUAUGUAUAUGAAUUAAGAAUAGCAUAAAUAAACAUCAUUCUCGAAGGCCAGUUUUUUGUAAAUGUUUGUUAAAAACGAUUAAGUGUGUUUAAUUGUUGUUUUAUAUUAAAAUUUAUAUUACUUGAUUGUUUAUAUAUUUUAAAAAAACCCAUCUACUUGUACAUCAACCAUUUUCACUUGUAUGUAUUAAAAGUCUUCAUGUUCCAAUAAAAAUUGCAUUUUGUAUAUCCAUUUUAAGCUGACUUAACCAUGUCAUUUGAUGCUUGGCGUUUAAUUAUCAGUGAUAGAAGUCUUUUUACUUUAUAAUUGCACCAAAUAAUUUCAAAUCUUAAACACAGAAGGAUGCACUUUGCAUGAACAAUUACUGCAGAAAAUUCGCACGAAAUCUUUUACUAAUGCUUUUUAAUAUAUAUGAAAAUUACUUCAUGUCCGUGUUAGUCUUUCAGGGUCUCUGGAAAUCUGGAGAAAUAUCAGUGCAUCUUAUUGGUCAAAAUAUCUUUUUAAUUUAUAACUUUGACCAAUCAAGAUGCAUUAUGAGUUAAAUUUUGACUGGUUAAAUAUUUAACUUGACCAUAUUUGACCAAUCAAAAUGCUUGUAAUUAGACCUUAGAAUUCCAGAGACUCAUUGCAGAUAAUUGGUGAUGUUUCUUAACGUAGUUGUUUUUUGUUAAUUUGGGAAGACCACAAUAAAUUCUCAGAGCAAAUGUUGUAUAACAAUGAUAAUUUAUUAAGUGUUCCAAAUAUAUAUGUCAUGUUCUCCUGUGACAUUAUAAUAAAAUUACCAUGAUGA